GGGGCGGGGCUGAAAGAAGGCGGAAGUGGAGCCGCCAGGUCUCGCGAGCUGGACGGUGCCGGCAGGGAGAAGGCGGCUGCAGCGCGCGAUGUUCGACUUCCCUUUGAGAGCCACCUGCCACCAUGAAUUUACGACUCUUCAUAGUCACUGGUCUCCUUGUGCACUGUGUGUUCUUGGCCUCUAUUUUUGACAUCUACUUCACUUCUCCUUUGGUUCAUGGCAUGACUCCUCACUAUAAUCCUUUGCCACCACCUGCAAAACGACUAGUGCUCUUUGUUGCGGAUGGUCUGCGAGCAGACUCGUUAUAUGAAAUUGAGGAGGAUGGUAGUCCUAGAGCACCUUAUCUUAGGAAUAUUAUAGAGGACAAAGGGUGCUGGGGAAUAUCUCAUACCCGUGUCCCAACAGAGUCUAGACCAGGACAUGUUGCACUUAUAGCUGGAUUUUAUGAAGAUGUCAGUGCGGUUGCUAAAGGGUGGAAGGAGAACCCUGUGGAAUUUGAUUCAGUUUUCAAUGAAAGUAAAUAUACUUGGAGCUGGGGAAGCCCAGAUAUUUUGCCUAUGUUUGCCAAAGGUGCCAGCGGGGAUCAUGUUUAUACUUACUGUUACACAGCAGAGAAAGAAGACUUUGGAGCAGAAGAUGCAAUGGUACUAGAUACCUGGGUUUUUGACAAUGUUAAGAACUUCUUCCAUGCUGCCAGAAGUAAUCAAACCAUGUUUUCUAAAGUAAAUGAGGAAAAAGUAAUUCUCUUCCUUCAUUUGUUAGGAAUAGAUACAAAUGGACAUGCUCAUCGGCCAAACUCAAGGGAAUAUAAAGAUAAUAUCAGAAAAGUAGAUGAAGGCAUAAAAGAAAUUGUAUCUCUUCUUGAGGAUUUUUAUGGAAAUGAUGGGAAAACUGCCUUUAUUGUAACUUCUGAUCAUGGAAUGACAGAUUGGGGAUCUCAUGGGGCUGGCCAUCCCUCAGAGACUUUAACACCAUUGAUUGCUUGGGGAGCUGGAUUGAAUUAUCCCCAGAGCGUCACAUCUCAAGCCUUUGAGGAUAAUUUUUUGAAAGAAUGGAAACUGGAGAACAGGAAGAGAGUGGAUGUCAACCAGGCUGAUAUUGCCCCAUUGAUGGCUUCUCUUAUUGGUGUUCCCUUUCCGUUAAAUUCUGUGGGAAUUCUGCCUCUGGAAUACUUGAACAACAGUGUUCAUUUUAAAGCUGAGAGCAUGUUUACAAAUGCUGUUCAGAUUCUUGAGCAGUUUAAGGUUAAAAUGACUCAGAAAAAGGAAUCCACAUUAUCAUUUCUAUUUACACCAUUUAAAUUACUUUCAGAUUCUGAACAGAUUGACAUUUUAAGAAAAGCAAGAUCAUACAUACAGAAGGGAAAAUAUAAUGAUGCGAUAUCUCUUUGCAAAACCUUAAUUAUCCUUGCUUUGGAAGGACUGACAUAUUAUCAUACUUACGACAGAUUGUUCCUGGGCAUAAGUAUUGCAAUGGGUUUUGUGGGCUGGACAUCCUAUGUGAUUUUGGUGAUUAUUAAGACACAUACCAAUCUGAUGAGGACUGUCCAGAAUAAUAAGGCAUCUUCUGUUUUUGCAUAUGGCUUUUCAGCUGUUGGCAUAUUUAUAGCUUUUUUUCUGCUGAUUCAAGCAUAUCCUUGGACCUAUUAUAUAUAUUGUCUGUUACCAGUACCAGUUUGGUAUGCUGUUGUGAGAGAAUUCCCAGUGAUUCAGGAUCUUGUAACACUACUCUUGACAUUUCCUCUGCAUCAGUCUAUUGGAUUCCUAUUCGUUUGUGCCCUGGGAAUUGAAAUAUUAGUUUUCAGCUUCUUCUACCGUUCUACACUCACUGUUGGUCUCAUCAUUUUUGCUGGCUGGCCAGUGAUCACACAGCUAUGGGCUCAAGCAAAGAUAACAGCAGUAAGCUGGACUCUCUUAUGUUGGCUUCUGGCAAUGUUUCCCUUGAUGCCUGUUGUCGGAAGAGAACCAAAUAUUUCUCUGGUAUUCACAGAUUGUAGAGUCAGAAGGGACCACGAAGGAUCAUCGUGUCCAACCCUCUGCCCCAGGCAGGAAAGAGGACUGAGAACAGCAGCGGGUUUGUUGAUUCUCCUUAUAUCUGUCUCCUCUCUUCCAUCUCUUUGGAAAAGCAAAAAUAAAAAUGUGCAUCACAAAGAUCUGGCAAUACUUCUUUUUCAGAUGCUGAGCAUAGCACUUUCAAUUUAUGUUGUGAACACUACUCACAGCAGUCUUCAGCACAAGCAGGGACUGCCUGUAAUUAAUCAAAUUGUCAGUUGGACAAUUCUAGCCUCCUCCUUGGUAGUGCCAUUAUUGAGCCCCACAUUUCUCUUCCAGCGAUUGCUCAGCAUACUGCUCUCCUUGAUGUCAACCUAUCUGCUCCUCAGCACUGGAUAUGAAGCUCUCUUUCCAUUGGUGUUAUCUGGGUUGAUGUUUGCAUGGAUCAAUAUGGAACAAGAAACCCUACAGUACUAUGGUCUUUCACUCAAACCAAAGGAAUGGAUCACUGAUGAUAACAGUACAGAUUUGUUGCAAGGAUGCAUAGGAAUGUGCCAGAGUCUUUUAGAGGGGAAAGGUACAGCACUGAAUUUUCUCUGCCUUUGUAAUUUAUCAGUAGUUAAUCUAGCAGCAGCAUGGUACCAUGUUGAGCUACAAACUGGGAGAGCAGAUUUUGGGGAUUAAUAAAUUAUUAGUCAGGAAGAAUAGUCAGGGGCUGAAAUUGCAGCAGAAGCAUUUGCAAGAGCUGACCUAGCAAUUAUUGUAUUUCUUUCUUAUUUUCCUUACUUGUAGCCAUGUCAUUUUAAAACUUCAGAUACACCAAUAUUUACUGAGCUGAGGCUAACUAUUAGAAAUGAAAAUGGGAAAUAAUUGCUUUUUAUUUACAUAACUUAACAAGCUGAGGCUCCUAUAUAUCAUGCAGGUCUGCUUCAUUAAGUCCUAAAUAAUAGAAAUGGAAGCACAAUAUGAAAGAUGCAUGGUUAGGAUUCUGCUUAUGAGGCUAUAAUUGUGGCAGGAUGUUAUCAGUGAAGGAUGUUCAGUUCGGGAUUCACUUCAUAUUGGUAGUCUAACAGAGGCCUAAUUUCUUGACCUGUUGGGUACCAUACUAAAGCAUUUUGUAUAUUUUUGCUUGAAGGAUGGUAUUAAUUUUUGUUGAGGAAGUUUUGGUAUUUGCUUGUAGUUUUGAGGCUUUUAAAGUCUUUUUUAUAGUAUGUAUACACUCCAAAACAAAUACAAUAAGGAACAUUAUAAUACCAUAUUUACUUGAAGUUAAGACAAGGUAUUUUCCACCAAUCAGCAUGGGGAGUGGGGGGAAGCUUUUUGUCUUGCAUUUGGGUAAAAGAAAACCUCAUUAAAUAUGUUGUCUGUCAUUAAACUGCUGCCAAAUACAGCAUGUGCUCAGUAAUAGAAACCAACUAUAAAGCUGAUUAAAUGCAGCCAACACAGAGUAUGACUAUAAAACACCCAGAUUGGGCAAACAUACAGAUGGGAAUUUACCACAAGGGUAGGUUAGUACAGCUUAUUUAAAUAUGAUACAGGGUAUUGUCCAUUACGCUCAGUCUCUCUCAUUGUCGACUCUCUUUAAAAUCAUGGUGAGUCACUACACUGAAUGUAUUUUGACUUCCUUUUCACUUUCUUCCCAUUUCCAGCAAUUUCUGUUUCUUCACCAGCCUUAAAUGACUGGCAAACAUCAUGAAACAGGGACCCAAACAGUUCACCCAAAAUCCUUCCGUCACCCCCUCUCUUAGCCUGUCACAUAUGGAGGAUGGGGCCACAUUAAUCAUGAGAUGAAGCUAGCCCAGGUUGCUGUAUGCCUCAUCUGCAUAUACAUUUUUAGAGGAUCCCAGGACUCAUGCCAAGAACACUUGAUUCUAGUCAUGAGUGGGGGCUAAUUAGCACAUGGAUCCUUUGUGGGGCACGUAUCAGGAGUACACACACAUACUGAGCAGUGUUGAGCUAUGAGGUCACCGUGCCUUGAAAUGCUGUUGGCUCUGUUGGGGCCCAGCCCAGUAAACUAUAAUAAAUCACAAGCGUUUUGGCCUUGGGC